UCUGAAGAUCUGCACAUAUAGCAUUCAUUUUAAACCAGGUCCAUGUCGAAGGAAACAACUGUGGUACAUGGUAAAUCUCGGCAUUUUUUAUUUCGUCUCAGAGUGGGAUAUUUUAUUGAAGAAACAUUCUCUAUUAUGCCAUGGUUUGGAGCUCAAUACAGAAUGAAAUACUCAUUGUAUAUCCUGUGUUUUCUUCCAACCGUCUUUGGUAUAACAUUUACACCAGGAACACACACAUGCCAAGACAGAUGCCUUGAUCACUACAACUUGACGAACAUAUGCCAGUGCACGGAUAACUGCGAAUUAUUUGGGGAUUGUUGUUUGGAUUUCUACUUUAACUGCGUUGAUCCACCAGUAGCUGAGGAUUCAUGUGAGGGCCUGUGUGGCUUGUUCUUAUCGGGGAAACCUUGUCAGUGCAAUAGUGGGUGUGUCAGCUAUGGAGACUGCUGCGAUGACUACUCUCAAUUCUGUGAUGGUGGCAUCGAUCCGGGCUCGACAUGUGAAGGAAGAUGUGAUGAUGGGUACAAUCCAGAUCUGGAAUGCCAAUGUAACGAUCAAUGCGAGACGUUCAAUAAUUGUUGUGACGAUUACAUUGACAAAUGUAUUGGUGUUGACCCGGGCUCGACAUGCGAAGGAAGAUGUGAUGAUGGGUAUGAUCCAGACCUAGCAUGCCAAUGUAACGAUCUAUGCGAGACGUACAAUAAUUGUUGUGACGAUUACAACGACAAGUGCAUUGCUCCACUGUUGACGUGUGACGGGCGAUGCGAUAUUGCAUACGAUCCUGACCUUCCUUGUCAAUGUGAUGAUCAAUGUGGAAAUUCCGGCAGCUGCUGUGAUGAUUAUGAAGAUCAAUGUGUUGAAGAAGACUUAAAUUUGUGUAAGGGACGGUGUGGUGUGGACUAUGAUUCAUCUCUACCAUGCCAGUGCAACGACCAAUGUCCCACGUAUUUCAAUUGCUGUCCAGAUUACGUAACGGAAUGCUCAGGAUCAUGUGAUGGGAGAUGUGAUAACCCGUUUGAUGGAGACCAGCCUUGUCAGUGUAACAGUGCUUGUAUUACACAUGGCGAUUGCUGCCUCGAUUACAAUGAAAUCUGCCUCAACGGAACUGCACCCAAACCCAUCAACCAAUCAGAAAUCACACAACUGGCCGAACUUUUGUGGACACUCGAUGUCAACAGGCUGACCCCUAACGAUUACGUCAUUAAUAAACAAGCUUUAGUCGAUGAUGGAAACAACGUCGACCAGUCAGCAGAUCCAUUUUUCACCAGCCUGAAUGAGUCUGCUCUAUCUAGUCGGACCUAUCAAGCAUUUAUUGCUCUAAUGGACAACUACAUCUCUGAAACAAGACAGGAGGAGGUCUACACAUUGGAAGAACUAGAGGAAAUCGAAGAGUUUCUCGAUGCCGUUUUCGAAUCUGACGUCAUGACUGCAACUACAGAUUUCUUCAUAGACAAAGGUCAGUUCAUAGAUGAAACUGAAUACCGCGAAUGGGCGAAAAUGGUUUGGUUCGGCAAUUACAGUAGGAAGGAAUCUGACCCGUUCUUUGAUUCGUCUGGAUUUGAACACGUGUUCAUGGGCGAGACCAAAAGUUCUAGCGUAUCGGGUUUCCACAACUGGCUUCGGUUUUACUUCCAAGAAAAGGAGGACCAGUUAGACUAUUACGGUUACGUACGUGAGAACUUCCCUGAUCAGAUGGGACUAAACUUUGUGUGGAAGGGUGCCGUAAAGGAACUGGGAUCUGUAAUUAUCGGUUCAAGUCCCGAGUUUGAGUUUGCCAUGUUUUCUCUCUGCUUCAGAAUCAAAGGUGGAUCUCAAUGCGAAUUUACACUUGACGGAUCUCCAUCCAAGAUUCAGACUUAUAAAAUCCGGGAUCCGGGAUACAUCGGGUCUGCCUACUUUGUAGUGUAGCUCGUUCCACUUAACGUAGGGUAGUUAAACGUAGAAAGAAAUACUUGAGACCAGUUGGCAGGUUUUAAGCGGAGAAAAAUUCAAUAAGAUUUGGGGGGAAAUGAAAACAUAAAAAUAAAUAUAUUUACAAGCAUUUGAAUGUUGAGAGUACUAAUGACGUGUACAUCCUUUCAUUGGCAAUGCGACAGAGUUCCCUACUGGAAAGAACAGAAUGUUUCACAGUGUGUGCAACAGUGUGUUCACAUGUGAAAUUUCCUUCACACUGCUAAAUUUAGCAUUUAAACAGUGUGAAUUACAUAUUCACAUAGCGGCCAUGUGAAUACGCUGUGAACAGUCACACUGUCGAGGUAUCCAAAGUGUGAAAAUAUCUUCCCACCGUUGAAUUCAAGCAUUCUAACAGUGUGAAUAACAUUUUCGCUGUAUUCCACAAUGUGAACACCUUGUGAUCACAGCCGGGAUGUGUAGUGUCACACUUGUACAGCUCCCUCAUUAAGUAAAUCGUUUCUUUUUUAUGAAUUGUAUCCGUGGAUCAUGUUUUCUUUUCAUGGAAGGGCAUGUGCAUAUGUUAAAAUGACAGUAUCACACGAUAUGUCAUGGAGAAAUAGUUUCUAUUAUCAUUAGAAUUAGCACAAAUACAUAUAUUAUUUGGGAUAUUUUUUAAAGUCUAAUAAGAAGAGAGCUGUACAAGUGUAACUAAUCGAAUCUUGGUCGCAUUUUUAUUGAACUAGAAAGAGCACCUCCGAAGCUUUAAAAUGAUAUACACUUUGUCAAAAUUAAUAAACACCAUCCCUCACAAUUAAUUGAUUGAAUACAGAGGAAAUUCAGCGAGAGCUUUACCCAGUAUGGAGAAAACAAGGUUUGAAGUCUGGAGUUCACUCAAUCAUGAAAUAUCACUGUGCAAUCUCAUGCAGUGAAACUUCCAAGCAGUCCGUAAAAGGGACAAAGAUGCUCUUUCAUAUAAAGUAAUUUUCAAAAUUUUCGCUUUUUGGAGACCAAAUUACUAUUUUCGCUUUUUCAUGACCAAAUUAAUAUUUUGGCUAUUCACAAAGAACCUUCCCUGGCGACUUAACCGGACUUUUUGCAUUUACUACGGACAACACUCUUGACAACGCACCAAUUCACAAUUCACCAAAUCACAAUGGAGAGCUGAGAGGCCUGUGUCGAAAGUUGGUGGACCGGAAUAGCAUCGGAAUCUCUUGACUCUGGACAACGACAUAUUUGUAAUUGUUCGUCCGGUGCAAAUCUUCGGAUGAUCUGCUAUCCCAGUCCAGCAACUUUCGACAAAAGCCUCUCAGCUCUUCAUUGUGAUUUUAACUGCAUUCUCAAAGGAUAGUGUCUCCGUAGUAAAUGCAAAAAGUCCUGCGAUUAAGGGGUUUUUAUAGGGUGCCUCGUCCCGAUCGUUUUUGUAGUGGGACUCACAGCUUUGCAAGACGGCCGUUGGCUGCCCGCCGGCCGUCUUGCCUGCCCACGUACAAAGAAAGACGGAGUCAAGAAAUAACAAGUUCGAACGAAGAGUUGUAAUUAAAGUUUAUUUCGAAUCAGUCCCAAAUCAAUAAGCUGGUGCAACCUCCGACAAUCAUGUAUAACUAAACCGACAUUGCUAACGGGAGAAAACAAAAGCAAAUCGUGAACGAAAAGAACCGCCUCGCCCGCAACUUUAUUUAUCCCACAACAGUUCUGGACAUCAAUAUAAAUAUAUUCAUAAUCUUCGUCUUCGGAAUAAGACUGCGCAUGUGGUCGUUCGCGUUGCAUGCCAUAAAUGAAUCAGCACCCUCAAAUUGCCGGUGCCCUAUAGGCCUUAGAUCUAUAUCUAGAUCCAAUUCUUAAACACUUAUCAAAUUGACAUUAAUGGCAAGGCAAAUGUUAGGCUAGGCUAUUGCUAGCCUACGCUAGGGCAUUAACUUUAUCUCAAAUCUGGACCUGUCUAAUGCCUGCGGCCGACUAAUGGUUAACUUGGAACUGGUUAAUUCUGAACUUUACGUUUACUUACGUUAGACCAAUUAGCUAAACAAGACAAGUUGGUUAUUGGACGAAUUGGCAUUAAACAAAUUGAAAAUAAUUUGGAAAACCAUUAAUUUUGUUAAUUUCUGAUAGAGAAGAUUGAACAGAAGGAAUAUAGAGGUUAAACAGAGAAUUAGCAUAUUUUGUUCAGAUUUUGAAUAAAUAGGAAUACACGUGCAUGAAUUCGUA